AUGGUUUGGCAUUUGAUGCAGCUAUUCACGGCCCUGUACCAGAAAUCCAAUUUUGACAGCGCCCUCAUAGACCUUUGCGUAGUGGCCUUCUGGGGACUGGCCCGCCUGGCGGAACUAACCUACGACCGUAAAGACGGGCUGGUUCGAUACGACAAAUUGGUGCUAACAUCCAACGUCACGUUCACGGAGACAUCGAACAGGAUGGGGGUAACAGCAGCAGUCAUCCUAAGGGCCACCAAGACGGCCGGCCCGGGAGGAACCCAACUAAUCCUCCUUACGGAGCAACCGCACACACUGUGCCCGUCCGGGCCAUCAGGCGUCGCCUAG